CGGAGGUCCAUUUCUCAGCAGUGUGCAGCCAAACAACUUUGGGCGAUAUGACAGCAGAUCUGGUUUGCAAGGAGCUUGGCUAUCUACUUGGUGGAUCCUUUUGGAACUAUAGCCUCGCAUCUGACACUACAGCCAUAGUAAAGUUGCACAAGUGUACAGAUGAGCAGACAAGCCUCUCUGACUGCAACCAGACAUGGGGAAUCUCGAAAUGUGAUGAAUGCCAAGCCAUUGCCGUUGCUUGCGCUCAUAAGAUGCGUGUACGGGACGUUACUGAGCUCCUACGCAGAGAAUUUGGCAGUUAUUUGGAAAUGUAUUUAAAUGGCACAUGGCAAGGUGUCUGUGCGGAUCCUCAUGUCGUUAAGUCUGUAAAUGCUGGCAAUUCUAAGGGAGCCUAUGCCCUGAAGGCCUGUGAGGCAGCUGGUUUCGGUGUCGGUGUCAAACACAAAGCUGGCAAGCUGUGGAAGGACGCCUACGGCGGCGCCUUUUACACCGGUCACGAUCGUGUCAUGUUGCACGCGAACUGCAAUGGUACAGAAGAUGAUAUAUACAGCUGUGAUGGAUUCAGUGUGGAGAAAGUGCCAGAUGAUAGCUGCGAUGUGGCUUACCUUCGUUGUUACGACACUUACUUUGAUGACAUCCGGCCACUCGUGGGUCCAUUUUGUGGUGCUCCAAAUCCAAGCUUCGGUGAUUUGCUGUUUAGUCCAUCGGAAGAUGGAGCAGAACAUCACAUCUGCUACAAUGCGAUCACAGGAGCAGUGAUUAGUCACGGAUCUAAAAGCCUUAACGGAAUUCGGACCGGAGUGAUCACCUCUCCUAAUUGGCCCGGCGAGAGUCCUUCAUUUAUAGACUGCCGAUGGUUCCUCGAGUUCGCUAUGCUUUCUGGCAAGGCCUUUCGAACUUUAGAGCUCGAUACUUAUUUCCCUUCACCUCCCAGCUCCGAUCUUCUAGAAUUCAGGAGUGCCGACGCAUGGUGGGGAGGCUAUCAGUUUAAUGACUCGAUGUUUGAGGACGAUUUAUACGGUUUUUUGCAAACAGAAGGAGAAUGUUUACACAGUAAAGAUAUCUGUCUGGAGGGAUUCACACUUCAGAACUACAACAGUUCAGUAUCCAUCAAGAAAGAGGUGAUCGGUGCAACCGAAGAACUAGCAAUCCGGUACCUCUCGCUUAGCCAUACACCUGCUAACACCGACAGUGGCAGAAAGCACGCCUUUCGCUACAAGUGGAGAUAUUUCCUGUAUGGUGAAACUAGUGGAAUUUAUCCAUUACGAUCUGCUGGUCUAUACCUUCUUCUGGCCUUCGCUCUCGUGGUACAGGUAUGAGAAUGAGAGCUAUACUGUAAUAUCACGUCUACCAUCUCUCUACAUCAGCAUUCCUGUGGCUCUUUCAUCCACUAGGGUCAACAAACUCCACAUCAUCAUUUUGAAAUGCUGCAUCGAUUGUUUGCGAUUUUAUGUUAAUGUAUCAACAAUAAAACCGAUUGGCCUGUGAGGCUAUACAGGCUAUAAUACUAAAACUUCUCAACGGCAGUAUCAUAUGUAACAUCACGGUAACUUAUAUAUUAGUACGGGUACUAGUUUAAUUGUAAUCCCUUACUUUUAGUAAUUUACCAGUAUAGUCAGUGUACAAGAGGAUACAGUAUUUAUUAUCUAUGCUAGUAAGUUACUAUUAGGGGAAGAUUGAAUGUUUUAAGUCUUUUUAAUUGGACUGGUGUUGCAUUGAAUAUGGAGUGGUUUGGUUGUGAGGAUUUACGAUUGACUCGCGUUCAUUCAUACAGUCGCCAAAUCAGGUAAUUUUCAGUAUGAUACGAGUAGUACUACUCAUUAUCAGCAACAUAUUUGUUAUUGUACUUGCGUUUAUGGUGCCAUAUGUGGCCAUGGAGUCAUUGUCAGGUUUACAUGAAGCUUAGGUAUACUUUAGGUAGGGUCUAAAUAAGAUGUACAAAAGGUAGUCAUUUUGUUGUUAAAUUGAUAUUUGAUGUAAGUGGAUUCUGAUGAUGUAUUUUCUAUUAGGCAGUACUUUACUCUUUUGUAACUAAAACAAUUUUGCCAUGCACUGGUAAAAUUGAGCCUGCCAUCAUUAAAUGUCAGAUCCUGACCUUUAAUCUGACCAUUCCUGACCUGAUCCUACAGCCCCUGGAUCUGCGUGUAAUGUAAUUAUGGUCUGAAUCACUGUUUAGAGAAUAGCCGCGUUCACACGGAGCAAUUUGAUCUGGGUCGAAAACGACCAGGGUCAAAUGCGUCCCGGGCCAAGCGUUCACACGGACGUUUUCUCGGUACGAAAACGACUCGUGUCAUUUCGACCCGAGCGCUGGUUCAUUUUUGCCAUGUGAACGCGUACCGACACACGACCCGGGACAGUAGUAUGGCGGUAGACGUCGAGAGCCAGAGUUUACAUGAGUUGUUGCUAUGCAUGAUUGUUUAAUUUGCAUUGUUCGCUUGAUUGUUCGCUUGGACGCAUUGUGCUCGAAGCUCGCAUAGCAUAGAGGCAUAUGUCCUAGAACUGAUCAAUCAAACGUCGUGCCAACGCGCUCUUCAAAAUCGACCCGUGUCAGUCUCGGAUCGUUUUCGACCCGGAGUUUUCGCUCCGUGUGAACGCGGCUAAUGAAUCUAGUAAUAGAAUUAUACAAAUAGUAAGAUGUGCUUGCAAUGUAAUUAUGGUCAGGUUCGUGGUUUAGAGAAUUAAUCUAGUAGUAGAAUGUUUUGGAUAGUAACAUUAAUAGCAACUCAGCAUAGUAUGGACGACUUCUGCAAUCACUCACAUCGGCCAGAAGAGGGCGCAUGGUGAACAAUGGAAUACCCAGGUCAUCGCCAGUUAUUAUUCAACCGUACUUCCCAAAAGGACUGGUUACCUCAGAUAACUGUAUCACUUCUGCGACUCUCGGACAGGUAUUACAUACGACGAACGGCUAGUGUUACACUGCAACACAUUUAUUAUGCUCUCUACUUAAAGGUAAUGUACAAGGAAACGCCACUCGGUAACAGUGAGCUCGCGCUCAAAUAUAUAACAAAGUAACAAAAUAUGUGGCAGCACAUGCAGUAAUGAACCACGUGCAUAUUGUUACAGCUCCCUUUUGUAAUAAAAUUUGGCCUUUACAAGAUAUUGUUACAAUAACAAUCGAUACUUGUCAAUGAUUAUUUUAAAUGUCCGUGGGGGUUUUUCUUUAGGGUUUUAUUGUAUCGGAUAGGUUAGUACAGUAGUAUUACUGCGUCCAGUAGGUCGCACGAUCUCUAAUGCUAGGUCGAAUAUAAAAUCCAAGGAGCUAUAUUAGACACACGUCGUCAUCUAUAUACAACUGUAGAAAAACCAUGCAAGUUUUCCGAUGCUCGCUCAAAUAUCUACGGCCUCAAAUGAAAACCCGAGUUUGAUUAGAAAUGUAGUAUUUAUGUCACUAUAAAUCAUGUCAAGGGAGAUAAAUUAAAUUUCAUGCAAGUUAAAAAACCUUGUAGGUUUGGUUAGUGUUUUAGCCAAGUGCUUAUUUCAGUAUCACGAUUGUCACGUCUUGACAUGGGGUCUAAAUUGUGUAAGUGACAAUCCCAUUCAGUGGAGUCAUACACCCAUUGGUCAUAUAUACCCGAGGAGUAUUGACCAGGAGUAAUUAAGCUUCUAUAUCAAUGACAAAUUAUAUAUCUUCAGAAAUUUGUAUUAAUCUUCUUGUAUUGUAAAAAAAUAAUUGUACAGUCCUAGGUUGUUUUUUUAUGUAAGGUCUGAUAAUAUCAUCAUGAGUGGGAUAUUUGUAAUCCUAUAAAUUUAAAUAUGUUUAUUGUAUUUUAAAUCCUAGUAUUAUAGAUAUAUUGACUUAUUGACCCAAUUAUUUUUUAAUUACUCAUGGAAUGUGACUGCAAACUUGCAGACAUAAACUUUGUAUCUCGUUAAUAUAUAAUAUCGAGUAAAAACCUAUAUUAUGCAUUACGUUUAUCUUUCAA